GUGUGUGUGUGUGUGUUGGCUGUGGUGGUGUUUUGUAGGAGGGGGGUUUCAAAUCCAUCUCCAUACUCCCCCACGUGGAUAUUUGCAAAACAACCAUCAGACUCAGGUGGAUGUGAUCAAACAGCGGUUCAAACACACACAGACGGCGGUCGGUGGUCGGUGGUCGGUGACGGUCGGUGUUGAUGAGAGGCUGCAGUUUAAAGACUGACGGCAACAUUUAAUAAAUACAACUUAUGGGGGUUUUUUUUGUUUGUUUGUUUGUUUGUUUUAAAUUCUGUAACAUAUGUAAAAAAAAAAAAUAUCCGAGCUCUGUUCAUGUCCUGUGUGAAAAAUGCGCUGCGCCCCUGCGCCUAUUGAACGCGUCCCCACGGGCUCGGAUCGGAGAGGAGCCAAUACAAGCCGAGGGGAGGCGUGUCCUCGCUCUUCCCCAAGACCUCCCAGAGCAGGUUGUUGCGCUUCAGCUCUAAAGCCUGAAGACCUCCGAAGUGCUCGACAGUUUGAAGUCGGAGCCAUGGCGACAACAGCUCAGUAUAUUCCGAGGAAUAACUCCUUACCGUCCAACCCGCUCAUGCAUCCGGACUCGGACCGGAUGCACCAGGGGACGACCUACAGAGAGGUGCAGAAAAUGAUGCACCACGAGUACUUGCAGGGGCUCGCGGCCACCAACACGGGACACCCGAUGAGCCUGACGCACCACCAGUGGCUGCCCACGUCCAACACCGACUGGUCCAGCGGCACCCACAUCGGGCAGCAGGAGCACAAGCCCAGCGUGCAGGCGAGCCGCGAGGACCUGAGCAGCGGCUUCCACCACAGGUCUCACCUGGUGCACCAGCAGACGCAGAGCGCGCACCACGGCUCCGGGGCUCCCGCCACGACGCACCACUUGUCCCCGCUGUCGCCCGCCUCCAACGGCCACCAGUCCCUGGUGUACUCGCAGCCCGGCUACACAAACCUGAACGCGAUGCUGAGCCCCCAGCCCGGCGCCCUGCACCACGGCAUGAGGGACCCCCUCCACGAUGACUCGGGCAGCCACGACAACCAAAUGGAGUCCCCCCAGCAGGCGUUCAGCCACCACCAGGACCACUCCGACGAGGACGCGCCCUCCUCCGACGACCUGGAGCAGUUCGCCAAGCAGUUCAAGCAGCGGCGGAUCAAACUGGGCUUUACGCAGGCGGACGUGGGCUUGGCCUUGGGCACCCUGUACGGAAACGUCUUUUCUCAGACCACCAUCUGCCGCUUUGAGGCGCUGCAGCUCAGCUUCAAGAACAUGUGCAAACUUAAGCCGCUGCUAAACAAGUGGCUGGAGGAGACAGACUCGAACACUGGCAGCCCCACCAAUUUGGACAAGAUUGCGGCGCAGGGCAGGAAACGAAAGAAGAGGACCUCCAUCGAGGUGGGGGUGAAGGGGGCGCUGGAGAAUCAUUUCUUAAAAUGCCCAAAGCCAUCUGCUCAUGAAAUCAGCACUUUAGCCGGCACUCUGCAUUUGGAAAAGGAGGUUGUCCGAGUUUGGUUUUGCAACAGAAGACAAAAAGAGAAACGAAUGACACCGGUGGGGGUCCCGCACCCGAAUAUGGAGGACGUAUAUUCCCAAGCAGAGACCCCUCCUCUACACCGCACACUACAGAGUCCUGUGCAGUGACUGUUUUCAUGAACAUUAUUUCCGCGGUCGGGGUGGGGUGGGAUGGAGGGGGUAGAAGAUGAAAAAUCUGUGUGUGUGUGUGUGUGUGUUGAGGGGGGGGGCUGUGGAGUUUACAGUAUUUAAGUUUUUUUGCCUUUUUGUUUUUUUGGUUGUUUUUUUCUCCACAGACACAGUGAGAAACGUGGAGUUUUCCUUUAGUUUAGAGCUCGGUGUCCGGUUCACUGACGACGAACGAACGAACGAACGAACGAACGAACGGGAAAAGUGUUAAGAAAAGGAGAGGAAAAAAAAGUUUUUGAAAAUGAACAAAAAGAAAAAGAAAGAAAGGAAAAAAACUCUGAAUCCGCAGGCAUUUAAAGAGCAAACAAAGAUGAUUUUCUUUUUUUUUCUUAUAUAUAUCUCCCCCCGUUGACCAAAAUGAUGGUGAUGGUGAGGGGCAGCAGUGGAGAGGGGAGGCUGCGUGGACCACCCGUGUCAGCUCAGGCCAUCUGCGGCCGUGGAGUGAACUUUUGGCGGUCACCACGAAACGACAAUGACCGACACUGGAGCUGAAAAAGCCUGGCAUUCAUGAACUUUUUUUUUUAUUAUUAUUAUUUGUUUGUUUGUUUUUAUACAGACGCAGUGAAAAAGGGCAGAUGUCUGAAUCCUGGUGUUUUAUUCCGUGUGGUGUUUUUUUUUUUUUUUUUUUGUUCUGGAAACUUCUGGAUUUCUCAUCGUCUCUCGUUGUUCUUAUUAAUAUUAUUAUAAUUCAUAUUAUUUGUGUUCUUAUUGCAACAGAUGCUGGCACUUACCAGAGCAGCAGAAGCCUCUGUUUAGUUUUGAAUUUCUAUUGAAAGUUGGUGUUGAAAAAAAAAAAGAAAAGUAUUUAAAUUAUGACACGCGAUUUAAAAAAAAAAACAACUAAAAGAACUCUCACACCUUGAAUUAAAAAUAAUUGAAUUUUUUUUUAUUCUUUGCAGCAGUUUGUCAACAGCAGCAGACGUUCGUCUGUGGAGGUGGAUUAUUUAAACACAUGAGUUUUUCUGCAUGGAGCACUUAUUAUUAUUAUUAUUAUUAUUAUUAUUAUUCAGUUCAUGUUAUUGUUAUAAUUGUGAUUGCAAUUUUCACACGAUGAAACAAAAAAAAAACAGCCAGAGAAAAGGCACAAACACAGUGAAGACCCACAAACAGUUCUAAAAACUCAGGUAACUCCAGUUCCCCGUGUCGGAAAAAUCACGCCUGUGUAGGAACUAUUUUCUCUCCUUUCCUUUUUAGUUUUUGAUUUAGUUUAAUUCCUAAAUGUGUGUGUGGAUGUGUGUGUGAAUGUGUGUGUGAGUGUUUUCGUUCGAGUCCAUCCACACCGCUCUCCUUUGUCCCGCACAGACACUGUAUUAUAAGAAUCCACUGGAAUCGGAGUUGAGAAAAUGAGACGAACGAUGAAGGGACUGACUUUAAGUAUAUUUAUUAUCUUCUUUUUUCUGUCCUGAAAGGAAAUCUUCAAAAACAAAAACAAAAAAAAAAUGUCUCCAGCGUGUCAUGUGUAUCAGUUUCUGCCUUCAGCCUUCAGCAGUGCUACUCAACACAAAUGACGGAUUUUUUUUUCCAAGAAAAAAAUAUUAUUAAUAAUAAAUGAAAUUUAAAAAAAAAAACAAAAAACAGAUUUUAGAGAAAACCCCGUGGCCAGGAUUAUUUCCCAGGUGUAAAUAUGUCCGAUAUGUAAACUUGUAAUUGUUCUGAGAUAUUGUUUUUGUUUCUUUGUUUUUUUUUUUUCUGUUCUUUUUUUGUUUUGUUUCCGGGCAGUUUUGUACACUUACUAAUUCCAAGAAGAUAUUUUAAUAUGAUUUCCUUUAUGAAUCUGACCAUUUAUAUAUAUAUAUAAAUAUAUUUAUUUGUUAAUCGUGUUUGGAGCUUUUCUCUUCUGUUCAGCAGUGGAUCUCAGUCUGUUCUCCUUCAUUUCUUUCUUUGUUUUUUGUUGUUUUUUUUCCCCCACUUCUGUUGUAUGUUGAUUGCUAAAUGUAGACUGCAAAGUCACAUUUGUAUUUAUGUUAUAGUAAUAUUUUAUUACUUGCAUAAAACGUAUAUAUACGAGCAGUGGUCUGGUGUCGUCAUUGGGAGGCAGCGGCUCUGUAGCGUCAGCAGUUAAACAGGAUUCAGAUGGUGGUGAUGGAGGAGACACACACACACACACACACACUCACACACACACCUGGACGUGCACUGAUGGGUUAUGUAACUUGAGAACUCCAGAACCGGAAGUCUUGGUCUUCGUGUGCCGUUCUGACCCCCGGGGGCGUUCCCUGAUAAACUCACAACACACUUCACUUCUCUGUGUGUGUGUAAUCGCAGUCUUAGAUUGUGCAACAGUCGAACCACGUGACUGAGUGGCUGUUGUCAACCCUGUCGUCACACUUACAAAUAUAAAGAUAUAUAUAUUUAUAUUUUUA